GUGUGUGUGUGUGUGUGUGAUGAAUUACAACCAUGAUAAUUUUUCAACUACAGCAUACUUUUCACUCAUAUUGUUUUUAUGUUUUGGAUAAAUUAUACAUUUAUAGAAGCAUUUUCAUAAUAUCAGGUCUUUGGGCUUACUUUUUAGAAUGACCUCCACACACUUCUUCCUACACUUCUGUUUUACUUUUGCUCCCAGUGACACAUAGGAUAUCCCCAUGUGGUUCUGUCACAAUGUAACAGCUAUGUAUAUAAGUUCAGGAGCAGAACUGUUUGUGGAUUCUGCUGCUGGAGCAGAUGAAAGGCUGAUGUCUGACUUAUUGACUGCAGAAUAACAACACGUUUGUGUCUGAGGUAUUUUGCAAACUUCAAAUCUCACCCCAGGGCACAACAGAUAGAUGGAGAGUGAGUCUCACUGCAUUAUUUACACUGUUUAACUUGCUCUUAUCAGCAUUGUUUCUCUGUUUCUUGCUUUCAGCUUAUGGCAGGCUCUAAUGGCACAGCUGAGGAUGUGCCUUUCAUUUAUCAGCAAAUCUUUAAGGUAGAAAUGGAUGCUGGGCCCAGUACAAAAAUUUCAGUGCUUAUGUUAAUGUCUCUGUUCUUCUUUUUUGUAAACUGUGUGAUGUUCUUUGCUCUAAGAAGCAAGCGCAUAUUCCAGGAGACGCCGCGCUACAUUCUUUUUGGCCACAUGCUUAUGAAUGACUCUGUACUUUUGCUACUCACAACAAUCAUGUACACUAUGGGUACAUAUUACCUUCAAGUAACCAGAGCCAUCUGCACUCUGUUAGUGGUUAUCUCCUACUGCACUUUCCGUAAUGCUCCUCUGACACUAGCAAUGAUGUCUCUGGAGCGGUACGUGGCGAUCUGCUUCCCUCUGAGACACUGCAGCAUCGCUACACCAAAAAGGACUGGAAUUGCCAUAGGGAUCAUCUGGCUCCUUAGUUCUAUAAAUAUUAUAACAGACAUAAUUUUUGUGUUAAUUAUCAACCCCAGUUUGUUUGUAGAUGUUUUAUUUUGCACACAAGAAAAAUUGUUUUUAUUCAAAUGGCAGCUGGAUAAAACUCAAGGGUUUGAUGUUCUUUAUUUUGUGUCUGUUGCAGUGAUCAUUAUUUUUACGUAUAUUAGUAUUAUGAUCACUGCCAGGUCUGUUUCCUCUGAUAAAGAUUCUGCUAAGAAAGCCCUCAAAACAGUGCUCUUGCACUUGAUUCAGCUGGGAUUGUGUCUAACCUCUUUCCUGUAUGCCACAAUAAACAAAGCACUAUACACAGUGUCUGACAGCUCUUCUCUCUUCAUAAAUCUGAGAUAUCUGAAUUUUCUAAUUCUUCUUAUGCUGCCACGCUGCCUGAGUCCUCUGAUCUACGGUAUGAGAGAUGAAGCCGUGUGGCCUUUAUUCAAAUAUUAUUUCUGCUAUCGUUCAGGCAAAGUGAGGCCCUCUGCUAAUGUACAUUAAAUGUAUGUGUGAUGAUAUGAAAUAAUAAUU